GUCCGGUAGGAAGCGAUCCGUCAGCAAAUCGCUUCAGUGGGGAAUUGUGGUCGUCAAUUGCCACCAUCGACCAAACCGCCAUUCGUCGACACGUGGAAGUCGCCAACCACCAUUCAUUGGCCCACGUGGCGAUCAUCAAUCGCCAACCGACAUCAGCGGUAACAGCAGCGCAGGUACAGCAGCAGCAGUAACCAUCUGAUGUCGUCGUCCAAGACCGUGUGGUAACUUGCUACAUAUCGACGUGGGCCGUCUACCGGAACGGAUCUGGAUACUUCAGUAUGAAUCAUUUUGACCCCAAACUAUGCACACAUGUCAUAUACGCUUAUGCCGGAUUAGAUGCGGAAAACAACGCAAUUAAAUCACUAGACCGAUGGAAAGACUUAAAGGACAACAACGGAUUGGGUGGAUUCGAAAAACUAGUCGGUAUGCGCAAUUCCAACCCGAAUCUGAAAGUGAUGAUUUCUAUAGGCGGUUGGAGUGAGGGUUCCGUGGAAUAUUCUAAAUUGGCCGCCAAUUCACAAAGGCGACAACUUUUUGCUGAAAAUGCGCUUAGAUUUUUAAAAUGGUACGGCUUCGAUGGACUAGAUAUAAACUGGGAGUACCCAACGCAACGUGGUGGUAAACCUUACGAUCGAGAGAAUUUCGUUCUGCUCAUCAGAGAACUAAGCCAAAAGUUCUCAAAAAAUAAUUUUCUAUUGACCUCGACUAUUGAACCUAAACAUUAUACGAUAGAUGCCUACGAUAUAAAAAAUCUGGUCAAGUACUUGGACAUGCUGCACAUCAAAUCAUAUGAUUAUGCAGGAAGCUGGAGCAGAAAAGUUGGAUUCAAUGCGCCACUCAAAGGAAACGAUGCUAACAAUAUCGAGUUUUCGAUCGAUCAUUUGAUUGCUUUAGGAGCCCCAAGAAACAAGAUUGUUCUUGGUAUACCUUUCUAUGGACGAACAUUUAUAACCGGAACAGUACCCGCAAAGAUAGGCGAUCCAUCGGAAGAAAUAGGCUUCGCAGGUCCUCAUACAAACCUAAAAGGUUACAUAGGGUACAACGAAAUAUGCGCAGAAUUCAAGGCAAAACCAUACCUUUGGCAGACAUCUUGGAAUGCGAAUGCGGCAGAGGUGAUCGCCCAAAUGCAGAACGGAAGACGUAGUCAAGUGAUUGUCUACGAUAGCACUCGGUCGAUUGCCUUAAAAGUGCGCUAUGCCGUACGGAAAAAUCUCCGUGGUGUAAUGGCUUUAUCCAUUGACACGGAUGACUUCAAUGGCAUCUGUAAUGCGGAAAAAGACACAUUCGUGGACUUCCGUCAUCAAGUGAAUAUUCCUUUGCCUAUUCAGGGUAAAUAUAAGCUACUGCGGACAAUCAAUGAUGCGAUUGCAGUAGCAGAUAGAGAAUUCAAUCAAUAAUUAUAAUUAACAAAAAUGAAAUGCAAUACAAAAUAAUC